CGAGAUCAACCUGCAGCAGUAUAGUAUGUAGGGCGCAAUCGAGGCAGCUCGAUUAAUGGUGGGGAAAAACAUCCACCCCAGGGAAAGGGAUCCGCGAUAGCCAGAGUCCGGUCGGUUGUAAGCCCGUCCCCCACAUCAUCCGGAAACCCGGCAGCUAAGGGUAAACUACUGUGAGGAACCAUCGUCGGGUGGUUUCAGAUCAUGAUGUUGAGUCGUUAUCUCUUUGGUUUGGAUCCAUGGUUGAUACUUUCAGCUUCGUCCGUUCUCUUCAAUCUCCCCACAACCCUUCUCAACGAUCUUAGAAUCUAAGCGAGCGUCGGUUCUUUCAUCAACCAGGUAUUCUGUCUCCAUGUCAUAUAUAACAGCAUCAUGUCUGAGUCACAUCAAUAUAUCGAGAAAUUCAACCAAUCCGGCUCUAGCGCCAGCAACAUCGGCGGUAUUGGUGAAGAUGAAGAGAAAAGAGCAGGAUUCCCAAGCAAAGUACCGAUAGAACAUGACCGUUCGACCUCAAACGAUAUCUCUGUCGCCGCCUCUCAAGAGCAUGACCGUCCCAUCUGCGAAGAAUCGAGCCCGAAAGGACCGUCAUUCCUCGAUCGCAUUACCACCCACCUUACAGCCACCUCCCUUCCACCGCCCGGGCCCCCUCCCGAUGGCGGUUUCCACGCAUGGCUCCAGGUUGCUCUGGGCUGGCUGGUCAUCAUGUCGACCUGGGGCCUCGUGAACAGCUUCGGCGUCUUCCAAACCUACUACAGCACCGUUCUCAUGCCGCAGUUCUCUGAUUCGGAGAUCUCCUGGAUCGGCAGCACGCAAACGUUCUUCAUGUUCUUUUUAGGCACGUUUUCGGGACGCGCACUGGACUACGGACUCUUUGUCCCCGCCUUUGCGCUAGGGAUUGUGCUAAUGGUCCUAGGGAUGUUCCUCAUGAGUAUCAGCCACAACUAUUGGCAGCUGUUCCUCACGCAAGGAGUCUUGACGGGGGCGGGAGGUGGGAUAUUCUUCACUCCGACCGUGGGGCUGGUAGGAACCUAUUUUGACAAACAUAGAGGAUUGGCGCUUGGGAUGGCCACGACGGGCAAUGCAAUCGGGGGAUUAAUUUAUCCCCUUAUUGUCAGACAGUUGCUUCCAAAGGCUGGAUUUGCUUGGACAAUGAGAGUGCUUGCCUUCGUGAAUCUGGGCUGCUUACUGGUGGUUUUGGCAUUCAUGAGACCUCGUCUACCUCCUCGAAAAGCUGGUCCGAUUAUUGAGCUGAGUUCGUUAAAAGAUGUGCCCUUCGUGUUAUUCGUCCUGGGAAUCUGUUUCACGCUCUCGUCUAAUUACUUCGUAUUUUAUUAUAUCGCAUCCUACGGGCGUGCAGUCAUCGGCCUCUCCUAUACCGAUUCUCUCAACCUCAUUCUCGUCCUCAACGGUGUCGGCGUCCCCGCUCGUCUCCUUCCCGGACUGAUCGCCGACAGAUACUUUGGCGUGCUGAACACCUUCGCCCCGAUCGUGUUUGUGGUCGCCGUCGUCUCUUUCUGCUGGCUGAGCAUCACCUCGAUCGGAGGAUUUUAUGCGUUCGUGGCGGCGUACGGGAUAUGUGCAGCGUCAUUCCAAAGUCUCUUUCCGACAGUGAUUGCAAGCUUGACUCCUGAUCUUAGUAAAUUAGGCACCAGACUUGGAAUGGCGUUUACGGUGUUGAGCUUUGCAAGCUUAUUGGGCGCUCCAAUAGGGGGUGCACUUCUGACUGCGGAUGACGGAGGAUACAGAUGGGCGCAGGUUUGGGCAGGCCUGUCGACAUUCGUUGGAGCCUGUCUUAUUGUUUCAGCAAGGAUAUGGCGAUACGGAUGGGCACUGAAGGUAAAAUGCUAAUUAGCAGCACAUUUAGGGUCAAAAAAGCUGCAUUUAGGAGGAGCAAUGCAAAAUCCGC